GCAGCGGCGGCGGCGGCGGCAGCUGCACACCAGCUCCAGCAGCGGGUCUUCCCCCAACCCCGAACCCGUCCGUGCAGCGUCGGCAGAAAGCAGAGUCGGCGAGCGGCAGGCCCAACAGGCAUCGGUGGGUCGUCAACGUCGGCACGCGGCGCCCCAUGGCGCGGGCGGCCGGCGGAGGCGGCGCUAGCGCGACGUCUUGCGACGACGGGGGCUGCAUGUGGCUGCGUCGUCGUCGGCGGGCCGGCUGAGCGCGGGGGGCCAUGCAGCGAGCGCUGCGCAUGAACGAUGCACAGCUGCUGUCGCUGUCCGAGAAGGCGCUGCACGACAACUGCCUGCGUGGCUACCUCUGCAAGCGCACGGCGGACAGCGCACGCUGGCAGCUCCGCUGGUUCGUGCUCUACCAGAACCUGCUCUUCUACUUCGAGAACGACACGACGACCCGGCCGUCGGGCGUGCUCUUCCUCGAGGGCUCCUACUGCGAGCGCCUGCUCACGCCCGUCACCGGCGGCAAGAACACGGGCAGCACUCAGGUCGGGAGGGCGUCCUGGGCGAAGGCUGGUCGGACGGAGGUGGUGAAGACGGGCUCGAUGAAGUCCGGGACGAAGUCACAGCAAGUAUACGGUUUCACAAUCAGCUACCGCAAGGAAGGUGCCAGGCAAUACGAGCUGAAAGCCGAAACUGAGGCCGAGUGCAACAACUGGGUACAUGCCAUCGACUGUGCAAGUUUCAGCAAGAUGCUGCUUCAGAAGGAAGAGCUGGAGCAAAAGCAUCUCCACCUGGUGCAGAUCGUGGAGAGCGAGAAGACAGCCAAGUGGCAAUACACACAGCAGUGCGAGGAGCUCACCGUCGAGAUCAAGAAGCUGCGCGCCGAGCUGUGCGCGCUGAAGAAAGAAUGGAGGCUCACGCCACACCGAAGCGAAGACGAAGACAGCGAAGAAAUCAAAAAGAUCAAAAAAGUGCAGAGCUUUUUCCGGGGCUGGCUCUGCCGCCGUCGCUGGAAGCAAAUAGUCGCGGAGUACAUCAGCUCACCACACGCUGAGAACAUGCGUAAGCGGAACAGCCUGGUGUUCCGUAUGGUGGAGGCAGAAGAAGAGUACGUGGAGCAGCUUCAGCUGCUGGUGUCAUGCUUCCUAAGGCCAUUUAAGAUGGCGGCAAGUUCUCAGAAACCUCCCUGCACACAUGACGAAGUCAACUCUAUAUUCCUGAACAGUGAGACGCUCAUGUUUCUUCACCAAAUCUUCCUCAAGGGUCUCACAGCCAGAAUGGAGAGCUGGCCGACGUUGGUCCUGGGAGAUCUGUUCGACAUGCUCCUUCCGAUGCUGACCAUCUACCAAGAGUACGUCCGCAACCACCACUACAGCCUCCAGGUUUUGGCCGAGUGCAAGCAGCGCGACAAGUUCGCCGCCAUACUGCAGCGACUCGAGGAGAAGACCGUCCUCCAGGGCAGGACCCUGGAGACAUUCCUCACUUACCCCAUGCAUCAGGUGCCUCGGUACAUCAUUACGCUGCACGAGCUGCUGGCCCACACACCACACAACCACGUUGAGCGCAGGAGCCUGGAGACGGCACGGACCAAGCUCGAGGAACUGUCACGCCAAAUGCACGACGAAGUGAGCGAAACAGAGAACAUCCGUAAGAACUUGGCCAUAGAAAGGAUGAUCAUAGGAGGCUGUGACAUCCUCUUGGACGUCAACCAAGUGUUCGUCAGGCAAGGCAACGUGAUCCACGUGGUGGGGUCGGACAAGGCCAAGUCCCAGCGAUCGCGCAUCCCAAACCUUAAAGGAGAGAAAGAAGUAGUGCGCCAGUGCUACCUCUUCACUAACCACAUGCUCCUCUGCAACCGAACCUCGGCCGGCAAGCUACAUCUGGUCGAGAGCGUGGGCAAAAUUCCCCUGGCAGAUGCCACCCUCAUCGAAGACCCCAACGAUCAGUUCCAGUUCAUCGUGGACGAUGGUGAGGGCUCGGUGAGUUCGGUAUCGAGCCUCACGAGCGGACUCGGCAGCAGCGCCGACUCCACCGCCACGACAACGGCGACAUCCGGCGGUGGGUCGGGGCAACAGAAGGACUAUGGCGGUCUCGACUUCAAGAUCAUCGUCGACUUCAAGACCGCGCCGCCGGUGACGGUGCAGCUAGUCGCUCCCACCAUGCAGGAGAAGGCGGCCUGGACGAGCGACAUUAGCCAGUGCAUCGAUAAUGUGCAUUUCAACGACCUCUUCCACGGCACGAUGAGCGACGCUUCGUCGGUCACGAUGCCGCAUUCCAUCAGGAACGACCCCAGGCUGUUCAAGGACGACGUGGACAUCCGAUUCAGUCGUACACUCAACUCCUGCAAGCUGCCCCAGAUCCGUUAUGCGAGUCCCGAGCGCCUUUUCGAGCGCCUGACGGACCUGCGCUUCCUGAGCAUCGACUUCCUGAAUACGUUCCUGCUCACAUACCGAGUCUUCACCGACGGUGUCAAAGUGCUGGAGGCGCUCAAGAAGGUCCACUACAAUCCGGACCUGCAGAUCAACGCGAUGGGCGCCGCGCUUCAGGACUCAACUGGGUCCUUGGACGCCGUCGGUGUCGAUGGCGGCGGCCCUUCCGGGGGGGCCGCUGCCGGUCCGGCGGGCGCCGCCGCCACCGCCGGCGCGCCAGGCGCCGCGCCAGACCGGGACAUGGGAAUGCUGGUGGUGGAGUACGACUACUCGCGGCGCAUCAGCACGACCAGCAUGCUCUCGGAGGCAGGCGACGCUCAGCAGGGCCACAGUGGCCCCGACCACAUGCAGCAAGUCGUGCAGCAGGUCUCGCGAAGCCAGCAGCACUGGAGACUCAGCUACAGAAAGUUCGAAGAGGAGCAGCUGAAAGAGCAGACGCUGAAGCGGAUCCGCGAGGUCGUGUCGCCCAGCCCGGAGCCCAUCCUGCCGCCUCCCCCGCCCACCCCCGAGCCGGCCACGGGCGGCCUGGUUCACACGUUGCCCAUGCCCGGCACCAGCGGCGCACCACUACAAGGGGCCACGCUGGCGCCGCCCGAAGACGUCGGCUUCUUCGGCCAACUCAUGCACCUGCACGAGACCAGCGUGGUCGCCGCGGCCACCGCAGUCGGAAUGCCCAUGGGCCUGACGGGCACCAACGGCGGCCCCUCGGCGAGCCAGCAGGAGCAGCCGCGGCUCGAGGCGCCGAAGGCUUCUCUUUCGUCGGACACGCUGAGUGCCGACGCUAGUUGCCCAUCGACACCCGGAAACCUCAGCUCGACGGCGUCCACAGCCACGCUCGUUGGCAGCGUGGGAAGCAACGAGUCCCCUAAGCCCAGUCCCAGCCGGAAGAAUGCGCCCGUUCGGCUUCCGACGCAAGACAGCGUGCAGAGCGCCCACGACGACACCCCGCCCCCGACGCCCCCAGCAGCUGCGACGACAGCCCCGCCGGUGGUGCAACCCGUGGUGCCGCCGACUCCGCCGCCCUCGGCGGCGACAGUCGCGGCGGCAUUGUGCACGGGUUCGCCGGCCCGCGCCGCGCCGCAGCAGCCCCCGACCGACAUCCGACCAGCGGCCCGGGGGCUGCCGCCGCCAAUGACCUCGAGCCAGUCCGCGCCCAACGUCAUGAACUACCUGCGUGUGCGCGGCGCCCAGGGCAAGCGGGGCAGCAGCGACACGGAGAGCUCGAGCGUCUCGGUGACGCCUCGCUCGAGCUUCCAGACCGAGUCGACGAUCCUGUCGACGCCCCGGUCCAGCUUCCAGUACCCCGACUCGCCGCAGCACAGCAGCAAGGCGGGCGUCGUGGUCACCUCGUCCCGGGCCUCUACGCGACGUUCGUCGACGGCCAGCGCGGCCGCCGCGUUCGCCGUGGCCACCGCGGGCUCCUCGAACCCCCCGGAGCCGCUCGUGGCCGCGGCUGCCGCCGCAGCGGGCGGAGGCGCCGUGCCGCCGGGAUCGCAACCGGCCAGUAGGGCCGGCAGCCGCCUGCCCAGCGCGGUCGGCGCCGACCUCAAGAUACCCGGAGCAGCUGGCGGGGCCGCCGUGGGCCCCGGACCGGCAGCCUUACGCGCCAAGCGGGAAUCAAUGAUCAGCACCGCGGCCACCAUGCGAGUGCUCAACGUACUACGCCAUUGGGUCUCCAAACACUCCCAGGACUUUGAGAACGACCCGAAGCUGCUGCAGUUGACAACAGAGUUCCUGGAGGAGCUGGCUCACAACCCCAACCUCCUUCCGGCUGAACACAAGGCGGCCGCCCAGCUCUUGCACAUGAUCUCCAAGCAAGAUCAGGACAAGACGAAAGUAGACCUCGACAUCCUCUUGGCUCCUCAUAUGACACCAAGUAAAGAGACAGUAGAGUCCUUGUCGGCCCUUGAGAUCGCCGAAGGCAUGACCUACCUCGACCACAAGAUAUUCAUAGCUAUACGCAGCGAGGAGUUUCUAGGUCAAGCCUGGAUGAAGCCCGAGAAGGCAACCAAGGCUCCUCAUAUUCUUCUUAUGACAAGAAGGUUCAAUGAUGUGAGUCGUUUGGUGGUGUCGGAAAUUAUGCGCUGUCCGGAGAUGUCCAAGCGAGUGACCAUCAUCGACAAGUGGUCCGCCGUCGCCGACAUCUGCCGCUGCCUGCACAAUUUCAACGGUGUGCUCCAAAUCUGCGCGGCCUUCAUGAACAGCUCGGUGUUCCGCCUCAAGAAAACCUGGGAGAAGGUCUCAAAGACGACGAAGCAGACGAUCGACAAGCUGCAGGCAUUGGUGUCGGCUGACGGGCGGUUCCGCAACAUGCGUGACGCUCUUCACCGCUGCGACCCACCCUGCAUUCCGUACCUGGGCUUGUACCUCACCGACCUCUCCUUCAUCGAGGAGGGCACGCCAAAUUUCACAGAUGAAGGACUGCUCAACUUCUCCAAGAUGAGAAUGAUUGCUCAUGUGAUCCGGGAGAUUCGCCAUUUCCAGCAGACUCCGUACAAGAUUGAGAUGAUUCCUAAGGUGUUCAACUACCUGCUGGACCCAGGGCGGCUGAUGCCCGACGAAGAGCUGUACCGGCUGAGCCUGUGUUUGGAGCCACGACUGUCCCGGCUCGGCACCAAGGUUACGGCAUCACCGUUUACCCCGUCCUAUGCCUCUACCACCACGCCAUCCUCGUGAGCACCCCUCACCACCACCCCAUUCAUCACCUGGGACCCACUGCCCUCACCCUAGAGUCACCGCGCACCACCCCCGAGCAGGAUUGCUCCCGAUAGGCGCACCGCAGCACAAACGAGACUACCCACAGGGGUCUGGUCAGUGGAGCCCAGCAGACUUCGCGCACCGCCUGAAACUUCACCAGUCAAGUUCCACGUGCCUCCUUCCAGAAGCAAGCCUGACACUGCCCUACCCCUGGAGAGAGAUGCAAUCCAAGAGGUUCAGACAUCCACAAGAAAGCACUGUGUGGCCAGCCUAGUCGCAUGGGUCCAUUACGUGUAACUAUACUGCACAUAUCCACUGCACCUUAUCCCUCUGACUGACAAUGGUUGUCACACAAGAGCUCUGUUUAAGCGCCUUGGUGCACAAGUGUGACUACGUUCUUCUUGCAUGCUUUAUCAUACAUUGUCAACCAAUUCUUACGUGAUCCACAGCUUGGAACCGAUGAAAAUGGCAGAGGUCAAUAGCAACAAGCAGCCACUGUUUUGAGACCAGCAGCAGCCAGACCUUGGAGCACAUUUAUGUUGUUGUGCUGACUCAGCCAAAGUAGUAUGCAAGAUAAAUGCUAUGUGAAGUUCAAGCAGACUUUUUGCACAGGAGGGUCUUGUUCACCCUAGCCGUCGCUUCUAGCGACUCUCAAACACUUCAGAUUUUUUGCUAUGGUACUGUGGCUGUUAUUUGCAUAGAAAUGCCUCAGCACUAGGGGCAACAAUCAAAAGCUUCUAUCUGUAAUCACUAUGCUGAAGGACCCACAUAAUAUGCGCUGGGACUUAAGAAAUGAAACAUGUUUUCAGAGGUAGAAUUUCUAGCCCAUUAUAUACUGUCAGGCUCAUAACUACUUUCUCGAAGUGGUCAUGACCUGCAUUUAGCUGGAUAUUGCAUCUUCAUAUAAAUAUUGCUAGAUGAAAACGAAACUACUGCUGCAUUAUCUGAAAAUGUCUUGUUAGCUUUCUGGUGUUUGGAAUUCUAAGCUAUGCUAAUAGCUUUCAUUAUGGUAAUGAUCACACCAACAAAAGGCAGUGCCUGUGUGCAAAUGAGUCAACAAAACCAGUGGCCAACGUUAAUUGAUGCUAAAACAUUCAACAAGUGAAACAAGAACCGGGAGAAAGUGUAGAUGCUAACAAAAGCACACAUAUGAAGUACUGGCUAGCAGCCAUUUGCUUACUGUUAGACGUUUUUCCUGUCUGCCUCGUCUCUAUUGCUACCUGCAGAGUUGAACAAGCACACAUAAGACUGCCCUACUGAAAUUCUAUAUCUUAAGCACUUUCCUAAUAGCCGAGAGAAAGCUCUUGUGUGACCAGCUUAGACAUGUGGGCACAAUACGUACAACUGUACUCUACAACUCCGCCACAAGGCAACAAACAGAUAUUAGAAAUCAUGUCAUGUGUCUCUUUGAAGAGUUGAAAAUUUGCUAAAUUUCAAUACAGAAACAUUAUAGAAACAGUUAUCAAGAUAAAUGAUAGUGGUAGACUGCAGAGUAGGAGAAGAUGUGUAGAAAGGCAGAGUGGUCAAUCAGAGGUAGUUCUGGUUGAUUGGCUACCUUGAACAGGGAGAGCAUGAUAGGAAAAGAGAGACAGGAACAUAAAGAAGUAAAACUGCUUAAACAACAAUGCAGUGGUAGCAUUCCAAAAGUCUAUCAUAUGUAACCAACUAGAGCAAUGCCAGAUAUAGCCUUCUGUGUGGAGUUCUGAGCAUUCCUGUGUCCGAGAGGCAAGCGACGUGUGCAGUGCUUGAUAGACUGGACAGCAGUCCACUAUAAAAAAAGAUGUCCUUGGCCAGUGCUCCCAAAGUGGUAGACUAUAGGUUUCUUAAAUACUAAACCAAGAAAUGACGCUAAUGAGAUGGGCAGAGAUGUGACUUAGGUACUCCUGACAGCAGCUCCCCUUGACAUUAUGUAAUUUGUUCAUGACAUGAUUGAUUGCUUAUUAAGGAAAAAAUGAUUACUAAAGGAGGACAAAUGUGACUUUUCUAUACUUUACCCGCACAAAAGGCGCUUAAUCACGCAAGAAUAUUGAAAGUACCACAUUACCCAAUAUUAAUCAGAACUGCAGUUUUGACAUGACAUUCAAAAGGUAAGUUCCUUCAUCAGCAUCCCCAUGAUUUAGCCACCUCUUUUCUUUCGCCAAAUAAAUGAAAGGAAGUUCUGAUAGGGUGAUCUUAACUUAGUCCUUCAGUCUAGUGUUCCUUUAAAAUUUACAUAACAGGAUCAUUAACCAAAAAUGCUAUUCAAUUCUUAAAGUCUGGCACAUUUUAUGUAAACCAAACAAAACACAGGCUGGAGUAAUAUUAGCAGAUGUCAAAUAUUGCCAGAAGCGAACAUUCUUGAAAAUUUUAAUGGCAGCUUGCAAUAUGAAGGCUUACCAUAUGUUGCUAUUGACCACAUGUCGCUAUGACCAUUUGCCCCUUAGAAUUAGAGGUCUCCAGAUAUCUCUGGAGAGCUGAUAAAAGAAAAAACAUGAGUGAAAACAAAGAAAAAGACAUGAGUGAACCAAGAAGUGCACAUAUAAGUUCUACCAGCAACUCCACAAUAAAUGUGCACAUAGAAAACCAAACUUUUUGCUUGAGCCAACUGUGGUAAAUUAGCGUAUUCACUAUAGUUGGCUCACGUAAAAAGUAUUGGAAAACAAACCAAAAGGUUAUGAAUAUCCUACUAAGUCCAAGAUGUGAAAAAAAAAGGAAAGUUUGUUCUAUUAGGUGACAGUGGCACAUCUGUUGCUGACAAAAAAACAUAAGAAGAGAGGCUGGCUUUCUUCAGCCAAAAGAUUACAAAAUUAGGAACCCAAGAUUGUGGCAUCUGACAAGUUUCAUGGCACUCUGAACUUUACUCCUGCAUGCACAUAACUGCAACCACAGCACAAAACAAACAAAUUCAAUACAGGUGAGGACAAAACUUUAACACGUGACUGUUCACGUCUAAAAGAAAAAUCAGGUGUGUAUUAAAUGCGCUUGUGCAAGCUCCUCAAAUAUGGGAGAUUAUGACUGCACAAAUAAUCUCUCUACAGACUUGACAACCCUAGUUGCACACUUUGGGGCUUUUAGCACAUCCUGGCUUUUGAUGUGCUUUAGAGCUACAAGAACCUGAAAGGUCCUCCGCUCAGUGAGAUGCGACACAAUUAAGGUAAUAACAUGCACAAUAUAUCAAGCUCACAGCCAUGUACUUCCACUCUGCAUGAAAAAUUCCACCAUUACAAUUUAACCAGUGUUGUCAAAUUUCAACUAAUAAGCAUGAGUGAUUCAAUAUGUCAAAGCCUUUCACCACACUGCAUAAUGUGUAAUUAUUAAAUAACACGAGUGCACUUCAUUAGAUAAAAAGACAGCACUGCAUUAUCCCCGCACAAUUCUGCUGCUUCUGAAACUAGUACUUAGGACCAGCACCUUGAAAAUGCCACCAAAAAGCUAAGAGCUCCUUUACAAUCAAAUCAGUCUUUGUGCGGAGAGAUGCAGCUAUGACAAAAGACAAAGUAGCUGUACUUUCCAGCAUCCUUCGUCAUGUUCCUCACAGUAUUUUAUAAACAUGCAAGCUACACACUAAUACGAUCUCGCAUGUUCCAAAUGCAGUGUGCUGUACAAGGAUUAGAGUACCUUAAUGUCUGCAUUUACUGCAUAUUGCGCUGACGUCAAUGACAUUCUAGGCAACCUGGAGAAAGUAUACACAGAGAUGUAUAUGCUAUAUAUAAACCUGUUGUUUGUUGAGACAUCCUGCAAAGUAUAUGUGCAUGUUGGUAUGCUUUAGUGAGGCAGUGAAUCUUCAUUGUGUCGUUCCUUGAAAGCGCAACCGCUUUAACCGAGCUCCCACUACGCGAGCAAUGGUAACACAUAAACUCUGCUUUCCAAGUUCCCAACAAAAAGAAUUAGCACAGUCUACGUGCAGCCAUAGAUGUUUUUCCCAGCAACCUCCUCCAGCGACAUGAAUCUCUCUGUGCACUGCAAGAUAUAUCUAGUGUUGAUUGUUAAUGACACAAGACUACAUUCAACCGCAACAGGAUAAUGUUGGGGGCCCAUGCAGUGAUGAAGGAUGAGUUUUGCUUUGGCAAGAAAGCCAGGAAAUGGCUAGAGGAAACUUGCAGUAAGGGCUGUAGUAGAAAAGAUAGAGCUUCGCACUACACUGUAUCAUGCAUGUGUGGUGCUCUACUAUCUUUUCUUUCUGGGCCACGGCUCAACACUUCUCAGUAGCAUAUAAAGAGAGAAGAAAGGAAAAAGGCUACCACAAACAUACGCGCGCACACACACAUACACACACACAUUCUCACACUUCCACAACGAUAGGGCGUAAAUCAAAGUGGUAUAGGCGUCCAUGCAACCGCUGCACCAUGCAGCGCUGCUAUUGCGCCACAAGCGCGCAGGCACAACGGCUAUUGGUGCAACUCAAAGAGUUGCCAAUGCAUCACUGAAAGGCUACGAUUUCCUUAGAUGACGCCAAAGCUUAGACGCUUGAGCCUCCUACUGCAGAGAUAGGAAUGGAAGCUAGCUCAAAACUGUGUCCGCACCAAAUGGGAUCAGGUACUAAGCAGUAUGACCCAGUAAAACCACCAGUCAUGAGAAAAAAAUUAUGUUAGUUCAGCUGUUGCAAAUAUGAACAACUUUCCUACCCAACGUACCAUCAUGUUUAGUAAAAUGCUUCCCAGACACAACGUUUCAGAAUGUAUUUUAUUGGGCACUGUUGUUCAGCUCAAAGGGGCAGUCAGUAAAAUGUUGGAUCUGUUUACCAAGACUGGGUCACGCCACUUGGCACCCGUGCUGUUUCCGAUCAUUCAGAUUUUUGUGCAGAUGCAAUAGGGGUGAUCGGGCUGCUGUCGAUGGCAAACCGUUGCCGUGAAGUUAAGGCUCUGCUACAUGUACAUAAUCCACAAUACUGUUAUCCCUGUUACAUUUUUUUCCUGUUUUGCGGCUUCUGAACUUGCUCAGAAGUGAGACGUGAGGUUCUCUCCUGUGAGCGAUGACUGUCCGAUUUCCCAACAUUUUGUGGAAAUGCAAUUUUGUGGGAUGAAUGUGACAUUGUCUAUUGCUGUACAUCUGGGCAUCCCUGUACAUAUAAGAAACUUGCACAUCUCACCAUCCUCUUUUUCUUUGGCAUUGCUCAACCACGACACGAGAAUUCUCGAAAACACAGCAAUGAAACUUGGAUUGGUUUCGCGUCACCACCGUGGAAGAUGGUGCCUUCUGAGAAGCACUGAGAUGUUAUACAGCGUACCAAAGUCUAGUUUCUGCACAUGCUCGCUGGGUGUACUCAAUAAACAUAAUCGAAAUAUAGCUCUGUUAAGAGGGCAGUUAGGCUUCUCAUCUUUGCCGUUGAACAUUUCAAAUAUGUUUUGUUACCACUACUAUACUGUUGCCACUGGUGGUGUGCCAUUGUUGGAUUUCAUGCACCGUGCAAUUCAUGGUGGUCAUCAUAUCAGCAGAGUGUUAAGGUAUGUUACUGUUCAAAAGAGGUUAAUUCAUGUUGAUAGCCAGAUGAGCCAAGAAUGAUAUAACACUAUAUAACUUCAUGAUGAUUGCAACUCCACUAGUUCUACUACACACGUUGAUACAAGCACAUUCAAACAUACCUAGUGGUUUAAGUACUAACGCUUCUCGUGAGAGAGGGCAGGUAAGACCGCACAUAUCUGCUUGUUCUCGGCUUUCUACUUGGUGGAAACAUCUACUGAAACACAAACCAUGAUCAGAACAGUAGCCAGAAAACAAUAAUAAAGCGAAGAAAUCUUUAAGCAAAUACAUGGCCCAAAAUAUUAAAGGUAAAUUGCAACAAAGUUUGACUUUUAUUGAAUUCAUUAUAAGCGAGUAGUGUAGUAUACUACCGAUGCAAUUUUGGCAAUGUAGCAGGGCUGGUAAUAGCCUAAUUUCUUGUUAGCAGCCUUUGACUAGCACCUAAGCAGGCAAUGCAUGCACUUGGUGGUUAGCAGAUAUGACAUAAAUUGCGGCAGGUUUCCUCAGAGAUUUUUCAGCGUGCUGUGGGCAGCUGCUGGCCCAGCCUAACCACGCUGGCUUAAUGUGUUGUGUAAUGCACAACUUCCAGCAAGCAGUACUAAUGGCGUUUUUCCUUUUCUCUUUCGGUUUUAGUGUCGAAAGCAUCUUUCUUGCUGGCUUUUCGUGAUGCAUCCACUUGUACUUCAAACGUAAAAUUACUCUAUACCUACACUAUCCAAAACUAGGCUUUAUAUGUAGCCUGAAAUUUCGUUGCACUAGGCUUUUAAGUGCAGGUGAAACAUAGCUUUUUGAUGCAUUCCAUAUGCUGUCUAACUUGUUUGUGGGUAACAAAAGUACAGUGUAUAAAGUGUGCCGACGAAAUUAUUUUGACGCACAACCAAUUAGCUAGGCUUUCCAGGAGGAACACAAAAGCAGCUACCAGAACAUGUAGCAUCAAUAAGGGUGGGUUGAAUUGCUCACUGCGGCAGGCAUAUUUUUAUGGGGACAAAAUUAAGAAAAAGCUAGUGUAUUUAGAUAUAGGUGCACCUUAAAGAAUUUCAGUUGGCAAAAUUAACCUGUACCCCUACACUACCAAGGUCCCUUAUAGCCCACUGUGCAGGAUGUCCUGGAUGAAGAGUCCCGCAAGUUAAAUUAAAUUAAACUAGAGUGUGCACUGUCUCAGUGCCACCUUGUGAACUUGAUGCAGACAACUUGUCUCCCAUGAUAUUUGAGGUAAUUCCAUGCUGUUUAUCACAUGCCUCUGAUUAGCGUGAAAGCUUCAGGUCAAGAAGCACGCUAUAUAUUUUAAUGCAGGAAUGUUAAAUAAGCCUGAAACAGAAUAUAAGAUUGAUUUGACCAGCAGUAUUAUUUUCACUUAUUUUUUAGUCAUCUCAGAGACUGUCCUUGCGAUUUCAAGUGCUUCGUUUAUGUAGGUUCAUGGCUAUUUAGUGAUUAUUAGUCUGUCUUCAAAACCGUAACAUGCACAAAGCUUUGAACACAUAAUGGCUCCCUUUACAUGCACAAAAGAGCAAGGUUACUGAACCAUAGCUUGCUACAUCAAUUGGCCAAAUUAUCAGUUCUUAGAAACACCAGUUUCAAUAUCUUAAUAUAGGUAAACAAAUGAAACUGAAAGGUCUGUAGCCAUCAACAGAGGAAGCUGUAGGCAGCAGCAGCAUCUUGAAACACAGUUAUCUUGGUUGUGCUUUCUACACAAUUUCAAGAGGGCACAAAGUUUUUUAGAAGCCUGGACUCGCGAUCACUCGCGCAUGCUGAAAGUAACAGCGGCUGCGCGCAACGCGGCAAUGACAUAAAAGGACACGCAAUGUUAUUUGUGCCACUAACCUUCUUGCUUGUAUACCAUUUGCACUCUUUGCAAAAAAGUAAAAAAAAAAAAAUGUUGCUUCAGCAUAACCAUUAUUGUUUUUUCGUUCAACAUUCUCACUGAACUUUCGAGCCCCAUAUACAGUCGGUAUUAGCAUGAUCAUUGAGAGCUGUAUACUCUGUGUCUGCUAUCUACCAUUAUAAACUAUCACAGGUUUACCAAAGAGUCAGUUGAAAGAACCUUAGACUUUCACACACUUAAAGUAAACUAUGCUAUUCUUCAGAGCUCAGUGCAAGUUAUGAGCAGCAACCUAUUGUGUGCAUGUGUCAUUAAAAUGAAACAGUCACUUGUCCACAAAAAAGCCCGUAACUUGGUUUUUGCACCAUUCCAUGUUUCUUGGAAGGCAUAUCAAGGUGAGCACCAACUGUUCAACCAGGCUCCUAUUAUUUACAGUGCUCAGAUGGCGUUCAUGAUAGUUGCAGAUAAAAGUGCACAUGACAUACAAAAAAAGAAGAGCGAAACAACUGUACAGCUUACACGUACAGCCCGCCCUCCCUCUAUUUUACACCUAUAGCCUACGCCUACUAGUGCACCACACAUCAUGCCGAAAUGCAGCAUUUUAGUUUUAAAGAUAACUAAAAAAAAAAAAAAACCAGGGACGUCACUGUUUCGUACGUCUGCUUGUGGAACACCUCAUUCACCCUCGUGUGACCGUUGCGAUACUCAUGUAGCUAGGAUGCUUCGAAAAGCUCACAACCUAACAGGCCAGUUGGCCAAUAGCAGUAGACGCUUCCUGCAAGAGAUAAAUGGGCUUGUGGGAGAAAGCUUUUAAUGCUUUUCUCCCCCAAAACUCCAAGCAAGGGGAAAAAAAACAUGGGGAGAGGCAAGCAGACAGAGAAGGCACCACACGAAAGUACUACAUACAUGCAGAUACGUGUACACAAGCGAGCUGCAGUGUAACAUAAAAUGUAGACAGACUACAACUAACGAACGCGAUCAAGCAGCAGAUGCUUUUUUCCUUCUCAUUGCUCCACUUUUGAUGGCCUCCCCAUCCACAUCAAGGCGUGCCCCUUUCCCAAAAGCAUGUUUUUUGAAGAGAAAUAAAGCUCUCUCACAUUUCCCGCCACUUCUUUUAUGUGUACAGUGUCAGAAACUGUAUUUACUGUCAAGUGGUGGUUGAAAGCCUCUGUGCAACUCGAGAAUGUAUAUGUACCUACUUUUCAUGUUGGUUUAUUUUCCAUUUUCUUUUCUCAUGACAUGACCUGUCAUAGCACUAACAUUGUCUGUACCUAUAGCAUUGCCAUCCAUGACCUCUUCUUUUAUGUUCAUUUCUGAAGUCUGGUUCUAGCACACUGUUUUUGAUACUUGAGUGUAUUUCCAAGUGAUUUUGUGACAUCUGUGCUACCCUUGUCCUCUUGCCCUACAUUUUGUCUUUCACUUGUAACAAUGAAAAAAAAAUUGCCUAUCUCUAAAGUGUGUUGAUAUCACAGUCAUGCCCACCUCAGUACAAAACCUACUUACUCUCCCUUUCAUAAUAAGGCUUGCAUAUUUCCAGCUUGCCUACACACGGCUAACACCAUUUCAAAAAUUCAAACUUCACAUGAUGAGAAAGGUCCAUUUUACAAUGAAAACUGAUUGCCCUAAUGAGACCAUCGUUUAUAUUUGAUAAAAUAGCAGGUUCAAAAUUUAGUUAUCAACAUGAAAACAGCAGCAGAAACUUCUAUUUUAGCAUGUUUUCCUUAGCAAUUUUUGUUCUCAUAAUAAAACAAGAAUGAUUUUGUGUCCACUCUUUGGGAACUGUAUGCAGGUGCACUUGACUGAAAUCUGCUAGCACCAUUUCAAGGGUUACAGCCAUCAUGUGUAAAAGCCUCUACAGUUGAGUUGUAACAAACAGUGUUUCACACCCCUGCUUGAGUAUCAGUGCAGCUGUUGGACAAGCUGGUAUAUCAUAAGCAACCUCAUGUACAUUCCAUGGAAUUUGUCCUUUGAAAAAACAUUUCCUUGCACAGAUUUUAUUCUUGUCUUGUGACAAUCACACCAGUACUAGUUGAAAUGCUGUUCGUGUUUCUUACUUGCUUGUCCCUUUCUCUUUCCUUUCUUUUUUUUUUGUGUUUACUUAGAAAACUGACUUGGGUUUGAUCCUGUUGACUGUCCUGAAUGAAAAAUGCAUAACGAAAUGCACAAUGUUCAUCGUAUUCUCCUCCUCUUUCCAUGACUGUACAUUCCACUGUGAAGUCACGCCUUGAAAAGUAAAACUACUUUGCUUCAGCUGA